UCUGGCAUGUUUGUGUCGGGUGUAUACAGUUGCAGUCCUAACUAGCUAGAUACAUUCCAGGAGUUUUUUAAUUAUCCCAGCGGAGGUACGCUUCAGCAUGUUCGUGCAUACAUCAUUAAUUAUACGUCCGAAUAGUCCCAUUAUGUGUAACCUGAUUGAUAUACGAAUAUAUUUGGGGAAUUAUAGGAUUACAAAUUGACAGGAAUAUGGAUUUCCUCUGUCCGAGUACCUUCACCAGGCGAAUAUUUGAGAAAAUAGCCGACAUGGGAACUAUGGACAGAGCGAAACCGUAAUACACAGAAAACACAAUGAAUCUAGCUGAAAAAGUCAUUGAAGGCACUAUUCUAUCAAUCAUUUGGAUUUUCACUUUCCUUGGAAACAUUUCAUUGUGGAUCAUAAUCCUGCGGACUCGAGGAUUAAGAGAACAAUCCUACCACAUGCUUCUCAUCCUGUCAUUCGCAGACCUUCUCGUCUCUGCCGUGAGCAUGCCCAUCACUGUGGUCACCAUAGCCGCAGGUGAUUGGCUGUUCUCGGAUGCGACGUGCAUUGCGAUUGGCUUCCUGACGAUGCUGACGUUCAUCGCCAGUGUGAUGUCACUGGGUGCCAUCAGCCUGAACCGGUACGUGAAGAUCUGCCAAGCGCGCCACUACCAGCGGAUAUACACGUCACGCAACGUCGCUCUCAUGGCAGUCGGAGUGUGGACCUUGUCGUUACUCCUUGCAAUGCCUCCUCUGAUUGGCUGGGGCAAAUACGACUUUCUGCCUACGCAGUCUUUCUGCUUCUGUGAUUGGAAGGCCUCGGUGUCGUACACGAUCUUCAUGAUCACGAUGUGUUUCGGGGGGCCGUGUACCGUGAUGACCUUCUGCUAUGUCAACAUCCUCCGGGUGUUCCGGAAGAGCACGGACCGUCUCUUCGGCUCCGGCAAAUCUCUCUUCAAAUCGUCUCGCUGCCUCGGCAAAGUGAGUCAGGAUCCGAGUUCAGUAUCACAUGGGAAAAUAGAAAUAAAAAUUGUGUCUGUGAGCGCGGUCGAUUCUGUUGGGCAGACGCCAGCGGAAAGUGAGAAUCACGAAAUCUCUUCUCAGAACCUGUUAACGGUGGGGAGGCGUCCCUCGCAGAAGAAAGUGCAGUUAUCGAAGGACAGUUUCAGCCAGUCAAACAGAGACAGUCAAACUGAAAGACGGGCCUUACGCAGACGGCAUGAAGAGUACGUGCUCGCCGUUUCGCUUCUGUUGGUUAUUUUCAUCUUCAUUGUCUGCUGGCUGCCAUUUUGUAUUGCCAUGUUCAUUACCGUAUUUUCCCCCAAUAAGGUGCCCCGCGCCUUUGACAUGUUUGCCUUGCUCCUGGGGUACGCCAACAGUUCCUGCAAUCCGAUUAUCUACGGCUUUAUGAACAAACGUUUCAAACGGGAAUACUGGAAAUUGUUUCGAUAUGUGUUUUCGCAUUGCUGUAAGCGUUUCGCCGUGGAAGACGAUUCCUUUGACCGGACAGCGGUCGGUAGUCAGUCUAGAUGUCCCAGUGAUAACUAGCCCUAUGUGUUGCAUGUCAUAUUCUUACUGUUGACACUAGCUGUUUGUUUAACAGAACAUCAGUGACACACGUUGUGAUGACACACGUUAUGAUUACCUUUCUGGUGUGCACGUAUCUAACGCAUGUCCUUGGUGAUGGUGUGAUGUUGAUCAUCGUCAUAAUAAUCAUGAGAUUAAAAUGAUGUGGUGUGAUGAUAAUGAUGAUGAUUUACAUUACAUGCCCAUGAUAUAAGGUAAGACAUUGGUCUGACCAUGACCAUGACGACGACGAUGUUGAUGUGUGUUCGUAUUAUCCAAUGAAGGUUCGAGACUGCUAUCCUCUCAACGCAUGCACCUUGUAUCUGCCCGGGGUUGGUGUGAGAGAGGAAACUCGCUGUCUCUGCCAGGGUUAAGUCUGCUUAUUUAUAACAGGAAAUCAGUUUGUGUGUUAAUCAGAAAUAUCUUAACACCGUCAGCAAACUCGGGGACAGUGGCGUUAACCGAUGUGCUUAACAGUCGAGUUGGAUACCAAAGAAAACACCAUCAAACCUUUAUUGGAUGUAAGCACGAAAAUAGGUUGUUAUAAGACUUAAUGACUGGGACAUACUCAAACCACAGGUACCCCCAAACAACAACCCCAGGGAUAACGUCAUGGUCAUAAAAAAAUGAUAACUGUACUGAAUAUGGUUUUGGUAUGAGGAUUUAUAAUUUUAAUAUUUACAAAAGUGGAUACAAUUUCACUCGGCUUUUGGUCUGGCAUUCUUUUUACUUACAAUUUGCAAUAUGUUGCUACGCAGUUUUAGAAAUAUUUGAUCCCAGGGCCUACAAUGUUCAAUGAAUGUGACAUUCAUAGCCGUACGGGGAUAAUGAGUAUGAAAUAUUAAAAUUACAGUCCCCGUACGUUUUAGACAAUAUUUGAGUUAUGGGCAAAAGAUUUUCACUGAAUGUGGCAAAUAGCCGUAAAGUAAUGGGCGAGAAAUGUCACAGUUAUAGUCUCUAUACUUCUUUUAAUAAUCCUAUUUUCAGCAGGGUUAUCGUUUUUAAUGGCCAACUGAUAUAUUUGCCGUUUGGAGUACUUCGAUUUGACUUUAUUUAAACUUUAAUGUAUAAUAAUAACUAACUAACAAAUUAAUUACGAUGCAGUGUGCUGUUACCGGUAUACUGUCACUUACAGACUACACUCACGCGAUGGGCUGUACGCCGCGUCACAAGUCGAUAAUGAUCAUGACAUACUGAGUUUACAGUGGCGGAUCUAGAAAAUCCAUUUGGGGGGGGGGGGGGGGCAGUGCUAUGAGACAGAAUGCCAAGGGAACUUUGGGGGAGGUUUGGAGGGGGAUCGUAAAUAAAUGAAAAUUAAUAUAUAAUAAAAUUAUAACUCGCAAAAAUUGUGGGGGCGGGCCCCUCCCCCCCCCCCCCCACCCCCACCCCCACCCCCACCCCUAGAUCCACCUCUGGUUUACUUAUUAUACAAACCAUCAAACAGUGUACACAACAAUGCACAAUGCUUAAACUUCGCACAUGAUUUGGAAACUAAUAUCCUGUUGUAAGUGCAGAUGUCAACAAGCUCAUCAGUGCCAGGAUGCAAAUACCCACUGAGUGAAUGGAACCCAUUCACAGCACGGACAAAGACGAGAGUCGACCUCUAGUGGGAAGUACAAAGGUUAAAUAUCGCACUAGGAUAUUUAUAAUUAUAUGGGAGUCAAUAAAAUGCGAAUACUCCAGGGACGGGCUUUGUUUGAAUGUGAUUAAAUUCUAUUUCAGUAAUUUACAAUAAAGUGGAUUACUAUCAUA